GAACCUGCGAUGAUGUAUGCGGAGUCGACAACUGCGAUACCCAAAAGCAGGAACAACUUCAAGGAGCAGAUUUGGUGGCUGUGUCUACAAGCUUGGGCUCGCCGUGCACUCUUGACCCGGGUGUUAACUGGGCAGCUGCCCGUAUGUGGCGGGAGGGGACGUGCUUCCCUUAUGGGGGAGCGCCGGGCAACACCGCAUGUUCUGCCACAUCCACAUUCAAUCAGGGAAAACGCAUUUGCUACUGCUUAACCACGACUACCACGACUACCACGACCACCACCACUACAGCUGCCGACGGCGUUUGGGAGUUCAGCCCGGAUCCAGGAACCUGCGAUGAUGUAUGCGGAGUCGACAACUGCGAUACCCAAAAGCAGGAACAACUUCAAGGAGCAGAUUUGGUGGCUGUGUCUACAAGCUUGGGCUCGCCGUGCACUCUUGACCCGGGUGUUAACUGGGCAGCUGCCCCUAUGUGGCGGGAGGGCACGUGCUUCCCUUAUGGGGGAGCGCCGGGCAACACCGCAUGUUCUGCCACAUCCACAUUCAAUCAGGCAAAAACGACCACGACCACGACCACGACCACCACCACGACUACUACGACCACCACCACUACAGCUGCCGACGGCGUUUGGGAGUUCAGCCCGGAUCCAGGAACCUGCGAUGAUGUAUGCGGAGUCGACAACUGCGAUACCCAAAAGCAGGAACAACUUCAAGGAGCAGAGCCUUGUUUCACAUAG